ACCAUGUCACAUACUUUACCUCUGUAGCUAUGCCUUCGCUAUAAGGAACAUCUAUUUUCACUAGGAUAGUCACAGCUUUCCAACCAACCUUUGCAGGCCAAUUUCGCGGAUGCUGAUGAGCAACCAUGACCAGGUUCAGGCAGGCACAAAAGGUCCCCUCUCAAUCCCACGCCCCCCAACCGCACGACGCGGAUGGCGCCGUCGGUGCCGACGAAGAAGCGCAAGGUGAACCUCCCGGAGAACUAGGAGGGCGUGGCCAGGAUCUUCGAGAAGCACCGCUCCAUGGCGGCGCAGCAGCCGGGCGGCCUCCCGGACCACCAGACCCGCGCGCUCUCCGCCGCCUACACCGGCGUCUGCGCCGCCAAGGAGCCCGUCCGGACCCCUGGCGACCUGGCCCGUCUCAAGUAUAUGCUGAAAUCGAUCUAGGUCGUUACCAUUUUUAUAUGGCGAGGUGUAUUUAUAUCCAUUCCUUUAGGGCUGCCAUUCUACUUGGGUUUUGCCUGCAAGUAGAUGACCAGAGAAGUGGUGGGAGUUGGAGGUUGGGUUGUUGAUGUUAUGGAAGACUCCUUUCCAGGGUCCAGCCUUGAUUUGUCUCCUCCGAGAAGUAACACACCAGGAGAAACAGGUAAUAGUUUUCAUGAUUGCUCACGUGACACACCGAAC